AUGGCCCCAGCUUGGUUAAAGAGCAACAAUAACAACAGAGUGACCUCGACAGUCAUACUGCUGAUGGCACUGGUGACACUCUUUCAGGCCACUGCAACACACUGUCAGGUGCAGCAGGUUUUAGGUGAUCGUGUGUACCGGCCGGAAAUGGACGAUCUCUACAUUACGGUGAACGCGCGCACCCGCACCCUCGAGCUAGCGUGGCGCAAUUUCGACGAUCUAUCCAAUUACAUUCUGCUGGCCGAGCAGCACCCGGUUGAGGUGUUCGAGCCGCGCUACUACUACUACACGUCGGAACCGGGCUCCACGUCCAGUGUCGCCCCGAUGGAUGACAGCGAGCCGGGCGGUACCAGCAGCGUACCAUCACCGGAAGUGACCACGGCAGGUCCCGGCAGCAGCGUUAACGGGAGCACACCGGCCGAAAAUAGCGUCUCCACAACCGAACCCAACUACUCCGGGGCCGACGUGGAGAUGGAGGUCGGCUGGGAGUACGAGCACCGGGACGAGUUCGGCUACCGGAAGAAGGAAGUUCUAUUUUCCCUGCAGCCAAUCUACACCAACGGGUGGACGAAGACCGGCAUUAAAUUCAACUUCAAUCUCAUGAACGAAGUCACAACCACAACGGGCUGCUACGGGUACUACGCGUACUUUGUCCGCCCGAAUGGAACAGUCCUCGCCUCGCACUGCCUUCGGCUCUAUCCAACGUGGAUGAACGAUCUCCGGUCGCACCUGAGCGGCUUUCGUAUGCGCGAACUGUUCAUACCAGGUACGCACGAUUCCGCCUCCUACAAGCGUAACUUCAACCCCCAGAGCCAGGAGACCAUCAUUACCAAGUACGCACUGACACAAGACGACGACAUCCGAUCGCAGUUGCUCCAAGGCGUACGGUAUAUCGAUAUUCGCGUCGGGUACUACAAAACAAACACGCACCAGUUCUGGGCCAACCAUGGCAUCUCACGGAUGCAUCCACUGCAGCACAUAUUGGAGCAGAUCAAGCUGUACGCGCUCGAGACGAAGGAGAUCAUCGUGGUGGACGUGCAGGAGUUUCCGGUCGGGUUCGGCAAGGGAUACGACAUCCACACGAAGCUGAUCGCGUUUUUGCAGAGCGCGCUGGGUGAGGUGAUCGCUAACCCGGUCAUCGGAUGGGAGGGAACGCUGGGUGAUAUCUGGGCCGGUGGAAAAACGGUCCUACUGUGCUACGAUCAUGAGUUCGCGGCCCGAUCGUUCCCGCACGUGGUUUGGCGCUCGGUGCAACAGCGCUGGGGCAACGUGCAGAAUGUAAACGAUCUCGAGAAGUACCUGUUCAAGGUGCACCAUCCAACCGGGUUCCGCGAGUUCUCCUACCGCCCGGUGGCAGAUAUGGCGGAACUAACGCCCGACCCGUGGGGCGUCAUAACCGACCGGUACGGUGGUCUGCGCAAGAUGGCCGACUCGGUGAACCGGUUCGUGACCAAGUGGUACUUCGAGGAUCUCGGCCCUACGGCGAACGUGGUCGCGGUGGAUUUUGUCCGGGGGACCAGCAUCGUCGAGGCGGCCAUCUACUGGAAUCUGAAGCGCGUUCCAUACCGUUCAAUAAACUUCUAA